AUGAGUGAAGAAUUGGGUAAUUCCGGUAUUUACAUAGACGAUCUCUAUGCUUUACGGGUAAUUGAUCCAGAAAUAGCCAGUGAAACCAACGAAUUAAAGGAUGAGUGUGAGAAAUUUACGGAUAAGCUAAAAGAAUUUCGACACAUCAUCGAUCAAUUUGCAAAUAUUGUUGAACUUUUCUCAACCGAAGUGGAUCAGAUAAAGAUGAGAGCAAUUGGAGUUCAAAAUCUGCUGAAAACUUUUUCAAAGCAACGAGAAUCGGAACAACAAGCUAUACAAAGCGAGAUAAUUGAAAAAAUGGUAGAGCUGGAUAAACUUAAAAUAGAAUACCAAUACUUACAGCGAGUUGAAUCGGAACAACAGGAAAUAAUUGAUAAUUACUAUCAACAUCAAUAA